AUGUCAACCUCAGUUAGUGUCUCAGUAAGCUCAUGUAAAGGCUCUAGCUCCCGACUACUCGUUUACAUUGAUUGUAAGCGACCCAUGAGGCUCGGUCAAGCGACUGGCAAAAGCGUGCCCUCUUACAUGCAACAAAAACGCCUUGGACACACAUGGAUCUCGGGCCACCCUCAUAGUAUCCUUUACAAACCUUUUACACCCUGCAAUAAGACUGCUGUAGCCGGAAAACGAAAUAAUAUCAGCAAAUGUAGCACUGGUACAAGUGAAAUCCAUGGUUUGAACAACAAUGGAAGCUCGUCAUCCUUCUCUUCCUUUUUCUUGGACUUUGCUGGAAACAGCCGCUAUCAAGCUUAUAACCUUGCACGCUUCUCAACAUUCUCAGUUGCAUCGUCGCCCUCAUCACCAGCUUCAUCACUAAAAGCUUCAUCCUCGAUAAAAACGUCCGAGACAAAGGAUACCGAUGCGACACAGGGCACCGGUGACAAAACUUCUACAGGUUCCAGUACGGAAGGAUCUCAUUCAAACUCCGCAACGGCCGAUUCACAAUCACCAUCAACUUCAACUUCCACAACUGCAUUCAACAAUGAACAACACUAUGACGAUAAGGACGAUGCCUGGGCAGUUAACGAAAGUUAUUCAGGACACAGUGGCCACAGUUUUUCGUCGUUGUCGACCCCCACAGCAACUGCCCAUCCUGAUGCGACUUCAGAGUCUUCAUCAUCAACAUCUAUUUCGAAUGGUACGAUAUCAAGCAGUGGAGCAAAGGACGAAAUUGAUGUCGAUUAUAAAGAGUCUCAGGUGCUGCCACAACCAUCAAUGUCUUCAUUUAAAACUCCUGCUGCUAUUCAAGCGUCAUGGCACCGCACUUCCGAAUCCUUGCCUUCUGUGACUACCCCGAAUGGAACUUCAGUCUUAUCAAACUCUUCGAGUAAAGCAGGAGGGCUCGAUCUGAGUUCCAGUACACUUGUUCAACAAAUGCUCUUUAAGGAGCGUGUACCCCACGUAGAUAGUUCAGACGAUGAGGAAAAUAGUUGGAGGAAGUCAAAUCAAGGUAAUCUAAUGGACAGCAGUUAUAAAUCUCAAGAGCAGCUAAAAAAUCCAAACUCACCUAUUCAGCAUGGCGAUGACAGUCAUUCGGUCUGGGAUGAUGUGGAUCAUUUGCUGGAACAAAAGCGAAGCCAUGCCUGA